CUAAGGGGCACAUUGUGAUCGAUGAGAAAGAGGGGUGGGUGUGAGGGGUGAGCCGGGAUUCCUGAGUCCCUGACAUAAUUCCAACGUUACGGCGGAAAGGGGGAAGCAAGUUCCUGGACUUGGGGCGGAGUUGGGUGAACGCUUGGUUUGGGGUGCUUUACGAGCAGAAGGCAACUGAGGGAGGCUGUGGAAAAGGAAACCGAAGUUGCUUUUAUGUUGCCACAGUAGAGACACUUGGUAGCCACUCACGACAGCUGGGGUCCUGAACGCACUCUGAAAUUUACAGAGCCACGGAGCGUUUCCAGAACUCGGACGGUUUACGCUAAGGUGGUGGUGGCGGACCUGUGGGCGGGCUCUGCCUUCUCCUACACCAAUUGGAACGCCGAAACCCCUCUGGGAGACGAGGCUGAUUGGUCAGCGCCGCCACACGCGAGUGCGCACGGCGCUCCUGGGGCGGAGCAUGCGCAGCAGAGGCGACGCGCUCAUGGAGGGGGCUGAGGCGGAAGCGCGAGAGUGGGACGAUGUGGCCCGGGACCUGCUGGCUCUGGGGUAUGGGGGUUUCCCGGGGGCGGCGUCGCGGAGCACCUCGUGCCCAGACUUCAGGGCGCUGUGCGCGCGGCUGGCGGCAGAGCUGGCGACUCUGGGAGACCUGGAGCAGCAGCGAGAGGAGGGCGCCGAGGUGCUGAGCGCCGGCGACGGCCCCAGUGCGGAGGAGGAAUUCCUGCGACAAGUGGCCAACCUGCUGCGGGAGUGGCACUGCCCGGAUCGUGCGCUCUGCGGCGGAGACUGCGUGACCGCGCUGCGGAAGCCUGGCACGGGCUUGCGCCUGCUGCGCUUUCUCUGCUCGGAGCUCCAGGCUGCUCGCCUCCUGCAUCUGCACCCCUCGCUGGAUCCCAGCCCUGUGCUACCCUUUAGGGAGGGGGCAGAGCAGGAAGCCGGCAUGGUCCAGGAACUAGUCCUUACCCUCCAAGCCGUGGGGCUGCCCAGCCCCACGCGGGGGAUCCCCGCCAGCCGUCUACUGUGGGAGUUGCAUACCAAGAUCUCAGAGCUGCUGCCUUCCCUGCCCCCAGGGUUCAUGCAGCCCCUCCUCACCUACCCGCUGGAUGCACCUAGAUGGGAAGCGUUGGAGUCUUUGUCCCAAAGCCUGAGAGAUCAGUACUGCUGCCGCCGCUGCCUCCUUCUCAAGCGCCUCGACCUCACAACAUCUGCUUUCCACUGGAGUGAUCGGGCAGAGGCCCAAGGAGAGGCCAUGAAGGCAGUGCUGAUCCCAGUCCGAGAGGUUCUGACCCCAGAAUCAGACGUCUCCAUUGCACAUGUCCUGGCUGCCCGAGCUGACCUGUCUUGUCUGAUCCCAGCUACCAGCAAGGCUGCCCGCCGAGGGACCCAUUGUGCUAUCAACAAGGUGCUUAUGGGCAAUGUGCCAGACCGGGGGGGGCGCCCAAAUGAGCUGGAGGCUCCCAUGCCCAGCUGGCGGAGCCGAAGAGAAGAUGGAGGUGGGCGGAAAGCAGGCCGCCAGUGCUGGGGCCACAAGAAGAAGAAGAAGAAGUAAAGGUGGACUGGUGGUCAGGGGGUUCUUUAUGAGAUGCUGAUGCCAUUGGUAAUCUUUGGUGAGUCAGGUUGAGGGUUUCCUUUGGCACCUGGCACAUAAGCCCCCCCAUCCCCUGUUUCUGAGGCCCCAAAUGUCCUACCCCCAUUCACCACUCAACACCAAGAACCAUGUUCUCUGGAAAAUAAAUUUAUUUAUUUAUUGGUGGCUGGCUGGUACAGAGAGGAAAAUAAAUUUAAUUUAUAGCA